GUUGACAAUAACAAUACAUUCAUAGAAUUGAAUAUAAAAUGAUAAUUGAAUUUAAAUAUAAUGUAUACAUAAAUACCAGUCGAAUGCCUUCGAAAGACGGGCAGCCAGUCUCAGAUGUAAUGCCAACACUUCUCGAAAGACGGCUGGCGUUGAUGUUCAACACUCGAGAGGCAAUUCAUACGAUAUUUAUAGACAAGCGAUGGAGAGACCUGGAAGUCGCGUUGGAAUCGCUGACCACAACAGCAAAUACAGCCAUUAUAUGAAUUACAAGGAAAUACAGCAACAGAUGCAUCACUACCACCAGCAACAGCAGCAAAAUGUCAAUCAUUAUUCCGAUUACGAGAUCUAUGUGCCACCCAUUGAUGGCGUUCCCGGCGAUCCCACACCCCGUCCUAUAAUGAGAGGUCAACAACAGCCACAGCAAAGGCACAUCUCCUCACCGGUGGGCCAUCGGCCGCAACCCGAGAGACCAAACUAUUACGAGUACGAGACGGCAGCCGCUGUACUACAGGCCAAACAACAGCUCAUUCAACAGCAAAACAACGUUAAUAAUAAUGUUUUGCCACAAAAUAACAGUUCUUUGACUCGAAGGAGCAAAAAGUAUACAAAACAGACUGAAAGCCACCAGACGUUACAACAGCCGACGGGAACCUCAACUCAAGUGCCAAUCGUUAGACAACAGCCGCAACCCAUAUAUCAAACAAAUCAACUGAAGAUCUACGGCAGCACUUAUGCGAACGGAUACUCAUCAACCCAUUCACAGGCGCCGCCCCCACAGCCCACAAACCCACCGCCCAAUCAUCGCAUUUACGACACUAUAAAUGCUAACAAUAGUAAUGCCAUUCAUGACAGUAACGGCUAUGAAAUAGCCACCAAAUAUCAAAAUGUUAGGCCCGGCUCUAAAGUAUAAGUGCUUUAACUAUGCAGUGAAUGUACACUAUAUUAUAUUUUAUAUACAUUUCCUAUCAAAUACAUUGUUUAUAUACAUUCAUUCAAAUCAUGUUUUGAAACCUAAUUGUUUGAUACGUUUGAAAACUAAUAAUUGAAUGCAAAACUAAACCAUUAUAUUUGUCAAUACAUUACUAGUAAUAAUUUGGUUUAAAUCUUAUUUCUCUCUCAUUAUUAUAUAUACAAACAAUUG